AAGGGGGGUGUCUAACAUACGCCCCACCUUGUUUCGAUCACGUGACGGAGCUCAAGAAGAUGGUGGAAGUUUCUUCUUCCUCUGAGUGAGACACCCCGACAGAAACCCAAACAUCCACUCGGACCAGGGCUGGGGGAACGUUCCAGCGCCGCCAAAAACAUCCUUCAAACCUCCAUUUGGUUCUCGGCCCUCUUCCCAGCCCUAUGUCAUGGCUAGUGGAGUCACCAAAUCAAGCACCUCCAAUGGGUAUCCACUGAAGGCACAGCUACAGAUCACAGUGCUAUCAGCAAAACUGAAAGAAAACAAGAAGAACUGGUUUGCUCCCAGUCCUUAUGUGGAAGUGACAGUUGACGGGCAAUCCAAGAAAACAGAGAAAUGCAACAACACUCACAGCCCCAAAUGGAAACAGCCACUCACUGUGAUCGUGACUCCAUUCAGCAAACUGGUGUUUCGUGUGUGGAGCCACCAGACCUUGAAGUCAGACGUGUUUUUAGGUAUGGCCUUGCUGGACAUCAGCGAGACUCUCAAGUCCAACGAUAUGAAAAUUUCUGAUCUGGUGCAGUCACUCCAGCUGCACACUGACAGAGAGCACUCAGAAAUGGUGGGGGACCUGUCCGUCUGUCUGAACGGAAUGACGGUGGACCCAGAAAUGUUCGCCUCAGCAGAAGCCGACCACUGCAGUACAUCUAAUGGAGAAUCAUCACAGCACAAUGGGGAUCCUGCCGUAAGGUCAAGUCGAGACAGCUCUCCAGCUGUGGACACUGAUCACAGAUCCUCUCCCAGCACCCAGAGUACAGUGAGCAGCAAAGGGUCUCCAUCAGUGGGAGGACGGCCCACCCGACCACCCAGACCCUCCAGGCCUCCCCCCCCAACACCCCGCAGACCAACUGCUUCACCAGCAUCUUCUACCAAUGGGAUGGUUCCCACGGAGGCUAACCAGAGCCAGGCAGCCUCUGAUACACCGGUGCGGACCCCAAGUCCCUCAUCUGCUCCGGACUCAAGCCCAUCGACGUCCUCAAAUAGGAGCUCCAUGCCAGCAACCAGACAGCCGACCACGCCUUCUUUCCCUCCCAGAGCAUCACCCGCCAAUGUUGGACUAUUGCCUCCUGGAUGGGAGCAGAGGGUGGAUCAGAAUGGCAGGUUGUAUUACGUGGAUCACAUUGAAAAGAGAACAACAUGGGAACGUCCUGAGCCGCUCCCCCCUGGGUGGGAGCGUCGUUUUGACCAGAUGGGCCGUGUCUACUUUGUUGAUCACAUCACGCGAACCACCACAUGGCAGCGGCCCACGGUGGAGACGGUGCGUAAUUACGAACAGUGGCAACACCAGCAGAGCCAGCUGCAGGGCGCCAUGCAGCAGUUCAACCAGAGGUUCAUCUAUGGGGUUCAAGACCAGGCAGCAGCUUCUCAGAAUAAAGAGUAUGAUCCUCUCGGCCCUCUGCCUGCUGGGUGGGAAAAGAGGACAGAUGGCAACGGAAGAGUUUAUUUUGUCCAUCACCAGACCCGCUCAACUCAGUGGGAGGACCCUCGAACGCAGGGAUUACUGAACGAGAAGCCGCUUCCUGAAGGCUGGGAGAUGAGAUUCACCGUGGAUGGCAUUCCUUAUUUUGUAGACCACAACAGGAGAACGACCACCUAUAUUGACCCUCGCACGGGGAAAUCCUCUCUUGAAAACGGACCACGGAUCACUUAUGUUCGAGACUUCAAAGCCAAAGUUCAGUAUUUCAAAUUCUGGUGCCAGCAACUGUCUUUGCCUCAGCAUGUUAAAAUCACAGUAACGAGGAAAAACCUCUUUGAGGAUUCUUUCCAGCAGAUAAUGAGCAUUAACCCUCAGGAUUUGAGAAGAAGGCUUUGGAUCAUCUUCCCAGGAGAGGAAGGCCUUGACUACGGAGGCGUUGCCAGGGAGUGGUUCUUCUUGUUGUCUCAUGAGGUUUUGAACCCCAUGUACUGCCUGUUUGAAUACGCUGGUAAAGAUAACUACGGUCUCCAAAUCAACCCUGCUUCAAACAUCAACCCCGACCACCUCAAGUAUUUCAAGUUUAUUGGACGAUUCAUUGCAAUGGCUCUUUUCCAUGGCAAGUUCAUCGACACUGGUUUCUCUCUGCCAUUUUACAAACGGAUGCUCAACAAACCUUUGACACUCAACGAUCUGGAGUCAAUAGAUCCUGAGUUUUAUAACUCCCUCAUGUGGAUUAAGGACAAUGACAUUGAGGAGUGUGGGUUGGAAAUGUUCUUCUCAGUUGAUAAAGAAAUGCUCGGAGAAGUAUCCACCCAUGAGCUUAAAGAAGGUGGGGGAGACAUCCAAGUUACCGAGGAAAACAAGGAGGAGUACAUCAAGUUGGUAGCAGAGUGGCGGCUGUCCAGAGGAGUAGAAGAACAGACCCAGGCGUUCUUUGAGGGCUUCAAUGAGGUCCUCCCUCAGCAGUACCUGCAGUAUUUUGAUGCUAAAGAGCUCGAGGUCAUGCUGUGUGGCAUGCAAGAACUGGAUCUGGGGGACUGGCAGAACAACACCAUCUACAGACACUACACUCGUACCAGCAAACAGAUCGUCUGGUUCUGGCAGUUGAUGAAAGAGAUGGACAACGAGAAGCGGAUGAGGCUGUUGCAGUUUGUAACCGGCACUUGUCGUCUGCCUGUGGGAGGCUUCGCCAACCUUAUGGGGAGCAACGGGCCACAGAAGUUCUGCAUUGAGAAAGUGGGAAAGGAAAACUGGCUGCCCAGAAGUCACACAUGCUUCAACAGAUUGGACUUGCCGCCCUAUAAGAGCUACGAACAACUCAAGGAGAAGCUGAUGUUCGCUAUCGAGGAGACGGAAGGAUUCGGACAGGAGUGAAAGAGGGAGACGGAAGUGGAAAAACCCCGUCGAUGUUUAAAUCAGGGAGCGCCAGCCUGCAGAAGCAGCAGGUGUUUAGGAGAGGCGACGCUCGUCUGCAUGCACCGGCUGGUGAGAUGGCUGCCAGCAUGUACUGUAGUCAGGAUCGGGGAAAUCCUCUCGCAGCAAACCUCUCAUGGCUUCAUGAGUGGGAGCAGAAUUUCGUAUUCCUUCAAAACCAAAAUCGAAGGCUGCCUUCCAAACGCUGUCGUCUUGUCAACGAGAGAAACUCAUGAGCGAGAGCACGAUCUGAGAAGUAGAGGGCGUGGCUUUAAGUUUUAAACUUGGCUAAGUUCCCCCAAAACGAGUCACUUUCUAAUCUGAGUCUGAACUAAUGAUUUAAAUGAAUCUUCCUCUCUUAAUUUAACAUUAAUGACUUUCAAAGCUUCAAUAACAGACAAUCUUGGUGCUUCAGAGAUUUGGGAUUCCUUGCUUUUGUUUUGCGCUCUGGAUUAUGUUGUGUUUUAAGUCUGUGAAUCGAUGAAUGAUUGUGAACAGUGUUGUAACCUCCAUUAUUUUUUUUUAAUGGUGGUGGCAAAUGUUAUAAAAACCAUUUAACUGGCCCUAGUUUUAUAGGGCCGGAGUCUGCACACUGUGAUCUGUAAUAACAAGACAAUAUGGAUUAUGGAUUAGAGUAUUCUGGAAGAAUCUUAAUGUUCUUAACAGCUUUAAUGACCAUUUUUGGUCUUUAAUGUACAGAAAUAGUCUUAAUUAAAUCUAUUACUUAAAAAUCCCCAGAAAACCAGAAGAAGGCCAAUACUGCAUCAAACCAAAUAAAAUUUAAUCCUAUGAGGAAUUUUCAUUGCAA